GCCGCGCUGCGCGGGGCGCGGCCGCUCCGCCGCCGCGGGGCUGCGCACGGCAGAUGCGCCCAGUCCAGCCGAAACCACCGCGGGCGAGAGCCGCCGGGCCGGCGGCUGUGUGAUUAGGGCAGCGCGGCACCAUGCCUGCGGCAGAGCAGGUCCUCCUCCGCUCGGUGACCAUGUGGCUGCUCCUGCAGAGCCUCCUCCUCCUCCUGGCCUCCUGCCUCCGCUCCGCCGCCGCCUUCCCCAAGGGCUGCUACCCCUCGGAAGAGGAGGGGCUGAAGACCUUCCGCUGCAGCAACGCUCAGCUGACCGAGGUCCCCAGGGACAUCCCCAACGACACCAACAAGCUCUACCUGGACUCCAACCGAAUCCCCUUCCUGCCCCGCGACGCCUUCCGGGACCUGCCGCUCCUGCUGGAGCUGGAUCUGUCCCACAACGCCAUCGCCGGCGUCGAGAGCGGGGCGUUCCGGGGCCUGGCAGAGCACCUGCACUCGCUGGAUUUGUCUUCCAACAGGCUGGUGUCGGUCAGCAAAGACGCCUUUAGCAACCUGAAGGCCAAGGUCAACCUCUCCGACAACCCCUGGCUGUGUGACUGUCGGCUGCAGGAGCUGAUCCGCACGGUGGACCUGGCGGCCGGCUCCUCGGGCGGCAUCGUGUGCGACUCCUCCGCGCGGGAGGAGCACGUCGGCAAAGCUUUCCUGCAGGUGAUCGCCGACACGGACUUCUGCAACGUGUACAAAAAGACCACGGACAUCGCCAUGCUGGUCACCAUGUUCGGCUGGUUCGCCAUGGUGAUCUCCUACCUGGUCUACUACGUGCGGCAGAACCAGGAGGACGCCCGGCGGCACCUGGAGUAUCUCAAGUCCCUGCCCAGCAAGCAGCGGAGGUCGGAGGAGUCAUCGACCAUCAGCACUGUGGUGUGAGGCACCGGCACCCCGCAGGACACGGGGACCCGUGGAGCUGGCCCACGGGCUUGCCACGGCUGCAGGAGCUGUCGCCAGCCGCCGGCGCCGCACAGAAAUAGUCACGGCUUUGUUCUGUUCUCCUCGGGGCAGCGGGAGCCGCGGCCAGCCAGUGCCUGGCUCCGGCGCAGCGCUUCUCGGCCACGAGCCCAGAGCGCCCGCCCGCUGCCUCUGCGUGACGAAGGACCGGGGAGACCCCGAGCAUCCCCCCAGCACGUGGCCCUUGCUCCGCCCGGCCUGGGCAUUCAGACUUCAUUUCAAACUUUUAUAUUUCCUUUGCAGAGAUCCCUUGGGGCAUUAACGAAAUCAGUGUUUUAAUCCCUCCCCGGCUGACCCUCGGCUGCCCCAGGGAUGUUCCCGGCGGCGCGGGGCAGCCUGGGCCUGGCUCCCUGCCUGGCCGGGCAGUGCUGGGCCGUGGGGAGCAGCGGUAUGGCCACGGGGCCAGCGCCCGGCCGGGUCACCGGCCCCGGGAAGGUCACGGGCUGCAACCACAACCCGUCGGGACCGAAGGACGAGGCGGGAAGUGGGGUCGCAUCAGUUGGGAAAGGCAAGAGGCGGGUCCGGCACUGCCCCGCUCCAGCUCUCGUGCUGGAUGGUGUCACCCCCAUCUCCCAUCUCAGCUCCCGCUGCUCGAGCGAGGGGUGCGGGGGGCCCGGCUCGGAGAUAGGGCGGCUGGUGGGCACCCCCAGCACCUUACCCCUCGGAGCGCGCCGUUCCUGGGAGGAGCAAAUGGGGAAUAAGAAGCAAAUGAGAAAUAAGCUCCCCCAGGGCUGAGCCCUCCGGGGCUGCCAAGGGAUGUGGGUGCUGAUGGGGGGGAACCGAGGGGUCCGGCCCUGCCGGGAUGCUGGGGGGGAGCGGGUUUCCCCUCAGUGCUCCCCGGGACCACGUAGGUGGGUGUUUGCAGCUGGGUAGCACCCCUCACCCGCUCCGAUCUGCUGCCGGAGGAGAGCUCCCACCUCUCACUCGAGGACUCACAAGCUGCCGACCGGUCACUGUGACGGGAAGCGGGGAUGGAGGGAGCUGCUGCGGCUCCUCUGCCCUCUCCCCGCUCCCGCGCUGCUGGCAGGAGCCUAAACCUCCCCUAAAAUGCCCCAAUGUCCCUUCUUGACCCUUCCAGUGCCGGGCUGCAGGUUCCUGGUGUUGGCAGGUAGAGGCGAGGCCGGGGUGCCGGCGUGGGUGGGGGUCGGUGCCACCUUUGAGCGUGCAGGGUCCAAGCGGCGACUCGGAGCAAAGCCAGAGCAGACCCAGACUCUUCCAUCCCAGUGUCUGGCCCCUGAGAGAGCUGGUUUUGCUGGUUUUGCCCCUUUUUUAAAAACCAACGGAAGCUCAAUUGCCUUAAUUCACCAACAGCACCAACCAAAGCUGCUCAAACAUCCUCUGGACCGGGGCAGACGCGGCUCCGGCUCCCGGCUGCCGCCCGUGCUGCGCCCCGGAGCCGGCGGGAGCCGUGAGACGGAGCCGGCCGGGAGCGGUGCCCGCGCCCUUCCACAAGUGCCUACGUUCCCAGCACAGACCAGGGGCUCUGCAAUGCGCCGGUGCCUCAGCCCCAGCUCCCAUCCGGGCGUCCCCCGGGCCCGCAGCCCCACGGCAGCUCCCCCCCCCCCCCCCCCCCAGUCCUCCAUACAACCGGGGCUGGGGGGCUCCGGACCAACCCACCACGAGCGGCUGCACCGCGGCCCCGGGCGCUGCUUCCCCACGGGCAUCCCCUGGCCCACGGCGUGCGGGGACACCGGGGCCCGUCUCACCCAACGCGUGUUUUGUUUAAGGGACCUUCUACAUUCUUACUUUAUACGACAAUAAAGUUGGGUUUUACUUUGGA